AUGAAGCUAUUUAUUUUUUUGAGUACUGCGUUUACCGCUACGAUUUUUCUUCAAGCCGUACCAGCUCCGACGAUCUUCGUCUGGUUUCCAGUUGCUGGGAACCUUGUUCUUGGUACUUCAAUAGGGAUUACGGCGGCCGGUCUAAAAGAUAGAGAAAAACGCGAAAAGAAAGUAAAAGAGGACCAGGAGAGACAGAGAAAAGCUUCACAGCGUCGAAGCCUCAUUCAUGUGCGUAAAAUCGCACGUGAAGUUGCGGCAGAGCUGGGUGGUCGUGAAGGUCCUGGCUCAGCUCCCCCUGGCGUUCCCCAGCACAACUGGAACGAUUGUUAUCACGCAGCACUUGAAUCGGAGAUUUUCGUCGAGGGUCCGACCCGCGAACGUGGCAUACGAGCUACCAACGUACCACCCGUGUGUAUGGUUCUUGCGAACGUUCUUGGGGGCAUUUACAACGGCACCCAACCUACGCCCAUCCCCUGCGGUUCGGAUUGUAUGGACUGGAUCAACAUGACUCCAGAGUAUUACGACGGAAUUCGUUCAAUACUCAACAGCAAACCUUUGAAUCUCCGUCACAAAAGAGGGUAG